UUGGAAGUUUGCAGCAGUCGUUGUUGUCGCUUGUAAGAACCCUGGAAUGUCAAGCUGCUUCAGUUAUCCUCCAAUCAGGGCUUUGGUAUUACAUAGAGAAGACCGUAAAUACACAAGUGUGCCUGCCGCAAGUAAGCUAGAUCCCUCCGGCCGGCUUAUACCCCUCGCAAGCAUCAUCCGGGCGUCGAUGAGUGUUAAGAGACACUCACGCCUCGCUCCGCUCUCGCUGUCUCACACCGAGCAUACGUUUCCUCCGCUUAGGCCGGGGAAUCAGAUCGUCAUUCUACUCAUUCACAAUCCGCCAUGUCAAUAGCCGAGAACACGGCAUCGCCAGUCGCCAAUGGGGUGCAUCUAGUCUCCCGGCCGCGGCCGGCCUCCUCAGCGGGUCCACCCCGCUUCCUGAUCAUCGGCGCUGGUUCCCGAGGCACGGCAUACGCGGAGGCCCUGAAAUCAUUGAGCAUCGGCGUGGUCGCCGCGGUUGCUGAGCCAGACGAUUACAAGAGAAAGCGCUUUGGUCAAACCAUGAUAUGGGGUUCCCGAGAGCCACCAGCGGAGGGCGCCGUCUUCGCCGACUGGCGCGAAUUUAUCACGUACGAAAAGCGGCGACGGGAUCGUGUAAGGGCGGGCGAACAAGAUGUGCCCCUGGGUGUGGAUGCCGCCUUUGUUUGCGUCCUGGACGAGAUGCAUCGCGAAGUGGUUGUUGCCCUUGCCAAGCUGGGCGGAUUGCACGUCAUGUGUGAGAAGCCGUUGGCGACAACCCUCAAGGACUGCAUCGAAAUGUACCAAGCGCUGCGGGUCAACAAGCUUGAUGACGGCCAGCAGGCUCUCUUCUCCAUUGGCCACGUCCUUCGCUACAGCCCGCACAACAUUCUGCUUCGUAAGCUAGUCCUCGAGGACCGCGUCAUUGGCGAUGUUCUUUCCGUCGUGCACACCGAACCGGUGGGCUGGUGGCAUUUCGCCCAUAGCUAUGUCCGGGGAAACUGGCGCCGGGAAAGCACGUCAGCCCCAAGCCUGCUGACCAAAAGCUGCCACGACAUCGACGUUCUGUUGUGGUUACUGUGCUCGCCCGUCAACUGCGCGGCCCAGGAUUGCCCGCCACCUCACCUGCCAUCUACCGUCAGUAGCAGUGGUUCGCUGCAGUACUUCAAGCGAGCUCGCAAGCCUGCCGCAGCCGGCACGGUCACAAACUGCCUGUCAUGUCCGGCCGAGGAAACAUGCAAGUACUCGGCGAAACGCAUCUACGUCGGCAAAGAGCUGGCCGGUCUUGAGUCUGGCAACAAGGGUUGGCCCGUGAAGAUCGUUGUCCCCGACAUCGAGUCUUACGGGAGCGACACAGAGGCAAAACGGGCGCUGCUCACCGAGCUGGCUCGCGACUAUGACUCGAGCACGCCGGAGCCGCUGAUUGCACGGCGAAACUGGUUCGGCAGGUGUGUCUACGAGUGUGACAACGACGUUUGCGACGAGCAGGUAGUGACUAUCAGCUGGGAUGAUGUCAACGUGCCAUCGCACCCAUCGGAUGCAAUCAACGGAUCAGGAGGCAUGGAACAGCGAGCUGUCCCCCCGCCGGGGCGCGGCUCCAAAACGGCGACCUUCCACAUGGUAGCUCAGACCAAAAAGAUUUGCGAGCGAUACACCCACCUGUACGGUGUGGAUGGCGAGAUAUUUGCUGACUCGAAGGCCAUCACGGUGGAGGACUUUCGCACUGGGGAGACCACGGUGCAUCACCCCGGCAUCGAGAGCCUGGGCCACGGCGGCGGAGACCUGGGCCUGACCCGUCAGUUCGUUCUCGCAGUGGACAAGGUCAAAAACCAGGGCUGGUCGACCGAGAGAGCGCAGAGGGAACUGAUCGGCUGCACCCUGGACGAGGUCAUUCGUAGCCACGCCAUGGUAUUCUGCGCGGAGACGGCAAGGCGGGAGAAAAGGGUCGUGGAUUGGUCCGAAUGGUGGGAGACAGAAGUCGAGGCCAAGAUGCUCAAGCUCCCAGCGUAGUAGAUAGGAAAUACCCGUCGAAUGAUAUGGCUAGGGGAGGUAGAAUCUGUAGGCGAGGUGAUUGAUGCUGAGAUGCUAAUACAUACAAAACAACUGAAGGCUCAAUGCCGAGUUUACUGAUAAGAAGCGGAAGGGGUUCACGUGCUUUGUCCGCCCGGUUUCGGCCAGGCACAAAAGCACUUCACUUCAGCGCACAUUGGUGGCUACGUCAGAGUGGGGCGCAAGUGAGAUGAGCCUGAAUUUAUCGUUUUGGGCGGGAACCUGCAUUUCAUCCAAAACCCCGCCAGCACCAACACCAUAUGUACAAUACCUUACCUACCUUACAACUUCAUCCUCC